AUGGCGCCGCGCAGCCCGUGGGCGAGGCAGCUGCUGCGAGAGCACCACGCGGGGGUCGUUAAAGUGCGGAGGCUGGAGGUGUCUAAACAGCAGAACGUGGAGAUUGGAAGAGAGUCCUUCGACUCGGAGAGAACGCAGCACGCAUGCGCCGGGGAGGUGGUGCCUGAUGACAGCGUGAAGCGUGUGGAGGAGCACGAGGCAGUGGAGAGAAAGCGGAAGCGCGAUGGUGCUGCUGAUGGCCAUGGGGGUCGCACCUCGUCCAGGGAUGGGGAGACAGGGCGCUCCAGUGGCAGUCGCAAGUCAAGGCGGCGGUUCACAAGGGCUGGCGAUUCCUCAGAGAUCACUACCACAGCCAGACAGCCCGCUGCUAGCUGCCCAGAUGGACACACAGCCCUGCCAUCAUUAGAGUCGCCCGAGUCGAUCAAUCACAGUGGCGAACGUGGAGCAGUGGGUGGGAGGCAGAUGGCAGAGGCGAGUGUUGGAGCACCGUCAGCUUCGGUCCCACCGUAUGCAGGCCCAGCUGCUGACUUUGUCGUCCCUGACCUGAACCUCCCGGCUGCUGCUGAUAUUGCCAGUGAUAAUGCCACCAGUGGCGCUGGUGAUGGUAGAGGCCGUGGUGGUGGUGAUGGUGGUGAUGCUAGUAAUGGUGCUGACCUAUCAGCAUUCGUUGAUUGUGGGCACGUUCAGUCCGCAUGUGAAAGCGAUGGGCUGGAUGGUCACAUCUGCGACGCAUCAUCAGCGCAUGGGUUGGUCACAUAG